AUGAUAAUUAAGAUUGGUAAAAGCUAUAAAUACAUAUCCGAGUCCCCUCGUGGCAAAGAAUUUCUAUCAUGCAGAGACGUGCUCUGGAUUCUAGUCUUUUGUGGUUUCGCCAUAAAUUAUAUGCUGCGAAUAAACAUGAAUUUAGCAAUUGUAGCGAUGAUAAUCCCUCGAGCAAAGGCCGCUGCAGUGGCCCAGUGUUCAGCGGUUUAUAUCGUAUCACCAGACCACUCGAGGAAUAAAUCGACUGAUUUGUCGCUAUUCUCUACAUCGAGCAUCGUUCCCAAUUCUUCGGUAGAACAAUUGUUUGAUUGGGAUGAGUACGAUCAAGGUCUUGCUCUGGGUGCCUAUUACUGGUUACACUGGUUGUCGCAAUUGCCGGGUGGACUUCUCGCCCGGCGUUAUGGCACCAAAACGGUGUUUGGUCUUGGAAAUUUCGUCGUUGCAAUACUUGGAUUAUCAAUUCCUUUUGUUACUCACUAUCAUCUGUAUGCUUUGGUAACAGUCAGGGUUUUGCAAGGAUUAAUUUCGGGUGUAAUGUGGCCAGCUAUGCAUGACAUGACUGCAAAAUGGAUUCCUCAAAAUGAAAGAAGUAAAUUUGUCAGUGCUUACAUGGGUAGUUCAAUCGGAGCAGCUAUUACUUACCCGCUUUGCGCUCUAAUAAUUAAUUUGUUCAACUGGGAAGCUGCUUUCUACAUAACAUCUCUUCUUGCAAUCAUCUGGUACGGCUUCUGGUACUUUUUGGUCUUCGACUCCCCGAGUAUCCACCCGAGGAUCUCCCAGGCCGAGCAAAAAUACAUUCUGGAGCACACUGCGGGUACAGUGCAAACAAGUUCCAGAGAAAAAGUUCCUUGGAAGGAAAUAUUACUCUCCGGUCCUCUUUGGAUCACCGCGAUCGGCCAUUGGGGAGGCGCUUGGGGUUUUCUAACUUUCAUGACUCAGGCGCCAUCUUAUUUCAAUUUUGUUCAUGGCUGGAAUCUAAAAGCCACUGGAUUAUUUUCUGGACUUCCGCACAUUUUACGGAUGAUAGUUUCGUAUACUUACUCAAUUUUCAGUGACUGGUUGCUCCGAACCAACAGAAUGUCACUAAAAAACGUCAGAAAGCUAGCAAACUUGGUGACUUCAGGUGGAGGAGCUAUUUUAACCCUCGGGUUAGCAUUCAGCGGGUGUCAACCAACACUCGCGAUAUUCUUCAUGAUGACAGGUACAGCUGUCAAUGGCGCAGUUUCUGCUGGUACUUUGGCAAAUUUGGUCGACCUGAGUCCUAAUUUCGCCAGUGUCUUGCUUGGACUCAGCGGACUCCUCACCGGGAUCUCUGGGUUCAUUUCUCCACUAGUUGUUGGUAUCUUAACAAAUCACAAGCAAACUGUAGAACAAUGGCGGCUGGUUUUUAUAAUUGCGACGGCAAAUUUAGCGAUAAGCGCUAUUGUUUACACACUUUGGGGUACUUCGGAUGUCCAGCCGUGGAACGAGAGUAAAAAACCCGAUCCUGAUGAAGAAGAACUAUCAAAAUUAAAAGUUAAAAUCAACGACGACCCCCGAGAUACUGAUAAUUUAAAAAUAAAUAAUUUUAAUUGCAAAGAAUUGCUGUCAUGUCGCCAAACGCUUUGGCUUCUUGUCUUCACAGGAUGCAUUAUAAAUUACAUGUUGAAGUUCAGCUUGAAUUUAGUGAUAGUUGCGAUGGUGGUACCUAGAGCAAAGUCACCAACUACUUCCCAGUGUACUUCUGGAAACUUAUCCAGUUUCACUCCUAAUGUCACCAUAGAAAAUCCUCUACUCAGCCAAAAUAUCUCGUAUACAGACAGAUUCAAUUGGACAGAGUAUGAGCAAGGAAUGGUGCUUGGAGCCUUCUUCUGGACUUACUGGGCCACUCAUGUCCUCGGAGGUCUACUAGCGCAACAUUACGGGACCAAAUUGAUCUUCGGAGGCGCUAACUUCAUUGCUUGUAUCAUCGUAGUUCUUAUUCCAGUGACGAUAAAGUAUCAUCUUUAUGCGUUUUUGGCUCUAAGAGUUCUUCAGGGUGCUGUUAUGGGAGUAGUGUUACCUUCAAUGAACGUAAUGACAGCAAAAUGGAUCCCUCCAACAGAGCGAAGUAAGUUCGUAAGUGCUUACAUGGGCGGAACAGUUGGAACAUCUCUUACGUACUUGAUCUGCGCAAUAAUAAUCCAUUACUUCAACUGGGAGACAGCAUUCUACACAAUGUCAGUCGCUGGAACAAUAUGGUACUGCUUCUGGCUGUACUGCGCCUACGAUUCGCCUCAGCAGCACCCGAGAAUCAGCAAAGCCGAACUGAAGUACAUUUUGGAGAACACGCCGCCUAUCGUGAAGAACAGCAAGGAACAGCCGAUUCCUUGGAGACAUAUCCUCACUUCAGGGCCCUUUUGGAUCGCAGUUUUUUCUCAUUGGGGAGCUACUUGGGGAUUUUACACUUUGUUGACUCAGAGUCCCACUUACUUUAGCUUCAUUCAUGGCUGGGACAUCAAUAUGACUGGAUUAAUAACAGGCGCUCCGCACAUACCUUUGAUGAUAUUUUCCUAUACAUUUGCUAUUUUUUGCGAUUGGCUGUUAAGAAACAAUAAAAUGACCCGCACUGGAGUGAGAAAACUCGCAAUGUUCAUCGCGACUAUUCUUCAGGCUUGCUUCAUUGUUGGACUCAGUCUCAGCGGGUGUCACUCUAACUUUGCAGUACAAACAAUAGAAUCAUGGCGGAUAGUAUUUUUAAUCACUGCUGCCAACCUAACUUGCAGUGGAAUAUUGUAUUUAAUUUGGGGAACUGGUGAAGAACAACCCUGGAACAAUUUGUACGCGAAUGACGAUGAACAAGGCGAAGAAUUACAGAAACUUAAACAAGAACCGACGGAGACUACAGAAAAAUGCGAUACGGUUGACGAGAAGAAAUUAAAAAAGGAAAAAGAAGCUAAUGGAUUAAAGUAA